UUGCACUGUUGCGCUCUCCAUUGUGUCAUGUGACAAAUCUGUGCUGACGAAUGCGGAAGCAGUAGCAUCGACCAUGAGCAGCUAAACAUUGAAUCGUCUUGUUGAGAGCAGGAGAAAUGUCUGUUUACCCGAGAAUUUCUCUGAAGCCUGAAGUGGCUGACUAUCUUAAGAGUGUCUUCUUAAACACGGAGGUGUUAGCUGCAGUGGGUCAUCAGGAGGCAGAAAGCCGUUUCCACAAUCUGCUCACGUGUCUUUCACACCCGCCUUCAUACACUUGUGUUCGGGCCAGCACUCACCUCGCUUCCCUGGAGGAGAUCAGACACAAGUUAGGAGUUGAGCUGAAAAAGCAGCAGAUGUGCAGCUUCUCAGCAGAGGAGGUCUCCCUUCAGAUUGUUCCUCACCUAAAAAUUCCAGAUGUGCUGCUUCUUCCUGUCGAUGGCCCGAGACCUGUGAAGCAGCUCAGAUCAGAGGUGGUGGUCGGUGCUCAGUGUGGCAGCGCUGUGCUGCGAGGGGCUAAUGUCUUCACCCCGGGGAUCCUUGCCUGCCCCAAGUACAUGAAGGCUGGAGAUGUAGUGUCUGUGUUCUCUGACUUGGAGGGAAGGUGCACCCGUGGAGCCACAAGUUUCCAGGGGAAGAGGGUGUUUGUGGGAAAUGGAGUCGCUGAAAUGAACCGCCCCAGCAUCUUUUGCGUAGAUAAACCUGCCAAAGGUAUCGGUGUUCGGAUGGUUGAGCCACUUUACAGGAGUCCUUCCUUUGAUGGUGUUCUUCCCAACCUGGCGUUCCUACAGAACCUCCCCUCUGUGGUUGUGGGACACGUGCUCGGGCCUUGUCCUGGAGAACGUAUCCUGGAUAUGUGUGCUGCACCUGGAGGGAAGACCUGCCACAUCGCUGCAGUCAUGGGCGAUCAGGGUGAUGUUGUGGCCCUGGACAGGAUCCGAAAUAAGAUUGAUCGAAUCCAUCAAAAUGCACAAAUGUUGCAUUUGCGUAGCAUAAAAGCUUAUUGCUUCAACAGCACUCAGGCUGUGAGCAGUGACCCAGCGCACAAAACUGAAGGACCUCCCUUCCCUCCUGAGAGUUUUGACCGGGUUUUGUUGGAUGCUCCCUGUAGUGGGCUCGGACAGAGGCCCAACAUGGCCUGCACAUGGAGCCUCAAGGCGAUUUGUUCCUAUCAGCCUCUGCAGCGCAAGUUAUUUCAUGCUGCAGUGCAGUUGUUAAAGAAAGGUGGGGUUUUGGUGUACAGCACCUGCACAGUGACUCUAGCAGAGAAUGAGGAGCAGGUAGCCUGGGCCCUCGCUACCUUUCCCUGUCUCACGCUUCAGCCACAGGAGCCUCACAUUGGUGGAGAAGGCAUGCCGGGAGCCGGCCUGUCACCUGAGCAGCUGCGCCUCCUCCAGAGGUUCAGUCCAGAGCUGAUCUUGGACCAGACGGAAAAGACAGCUCCCCUCCCCUGCAGAGCUGACAGGGACACGAUCGGCUUUUUUAUUGCCAAGUUCCUGAAAAACUGACCGGAGGGCAUGGUUUCUCCUACAGUCCUAACAUGAGACUGCAGACGGGAACAAUAGUGUUUAUAUUAUGACACUCUGUGUGCUUUGACAGGCCAGUGUGGACAAAGACGCUCACUGUGCUGUUUACAGCAUCUCCCUCCUAACAGCUGCUCUCUGAAAUUGCAGGCCAUAUAGGGAUAAGCUUUAUGAACACUGCGGAGAGGAGAGAGGGGGUGGGGGGUGGGGGGUGGGUGUAGAAAGGCACGUGGGGAGGGAGCCUGAAUAAGUAUUGGCAAAUGCAGCAGUGCCAGUGUUGCUAUGACAACAGUGACGACAGCUGCCAUGGUGACAGAGGAUUCACUGGAUCUGAGAGCGUGGAUCAAGAAGUAGUGUGCAGAAAGAGGUCAUGAGAGGUAUUAACAAUUUAGUGUCUUUAAGCGGUACUUCUGCUAAUUGUGAGGAAGAAAUGAUUCUGAUGUCUAGCCCUGUCUGAAUAAGUGCAUUCACCACAGGGAUAUUAAGUUUGUGUUUUUACAAUGAAAAUACAUUUCAAACAAGUU